AUGGGUCUUGCGAAUGACAAAUUUCCCUCCUCUGUGGCUUUCGAGGCCAUCAACUCGGCGUUGAAUUCGAGCGAGGCGGACAAAAAGGAUGCUAUCAAACAAGGAAACGCCGUCUUUGCAUUCACCCUGAAGAACAAGGCCGGCGAGACCGAGAGCUGGCACAUCGACCUCAAGGAGAAGGGCGAGGUUGGCACUGGUCUGGGGAGUAAACCCACUGUUACACUAUCACUUUCAGAUGACGAUUUCGGCAAGCUCGUCACUGGACAGGCGAAUGCGCAGCGAUUGUUCAUGUCGGGAAAGCUCAAGAUCAAGGGUGAUGUCAUGAAGGCAACAAAGAUGGAGCCCAUUCUCAAGAAGGCGCAGACCAAGGCCAAAUUGUAA